AUUGAAUUUAAUUGGUGAUGAAGGUGCAUCAGGCUUAGGUUCAGCUUUAGCAAAAUGCAUUAAUCUCUCAAAUUUGACACUUUACCUUGACUCAUUGAAAAUUUCAUAAAAAUUCAAAGUAAAAGGCAAGUGUCUUAAAUCAUAAAGAUUAGUUGUCUUUAAUUUAAAUUUCUGAUGAUAAACAGCUGGUGAAAAAAGGAUGAAUCAAUAUAAAAUGUUUGAAUAAUAUUAUAUAUUUUAUUAUUUAAUAUUUUUAAAAAGUGUUUUUAACCUAAAAUAUAAAUAGAUUUAUAGUUUUUAUUAUUGAUUUUAAAUUUAUAAAUAUCAUUCAUAUUUUUGUAAG